AGAGGCAGACCGUAGAGCAGGGAGGGAGGCUGGUGGAGUCGGGUGUGUGUGUGACGCAGAGAUCUCCCACCCCCCAUCAUCAUCAUCAUAAUCAGCACCACGCUGGGUCGCUUCACCCCCAACAUAGGCACUUGGCGGACGACACACCAGCAGUAGCAGCAGCGAUGUCUUCGGAGAAAACAGGACUCCCUGAUGCCACUCCACACACCUCUCCUCCGCCCUACAACACCCCUUUGCAGCCACCCCCUCCACCCCAGGAUGCCCCCAUCCCUGGAUACAGUGACCUCCCCCCCACAACUGUGCAUUCGGGGACCGCCACCUUGCCCCGACUUGGAGGAGCGGCUACCCUUCCUCGCCCUCCUCCUACAUCGGCCACCUUGCCCCGGCCGCCCCGCCACCACUCAGCUACCCUUCCCCGACUUCCCCCGGAUCCCUACAUGCAGGAAACCCAGUUCAAUGGGGGGCCCCAGGGCUAUGUAGUGCAGACUCAUCCGCCGGUCGGGACUCUACCUCUCGGAGGCUAUAUGCACCCAGGAUACCCUGUCCAGUUGCAGCCCUGCACAGCUUACGUACCGGUCUACCCCGUUGGGGCGGAAUCUCAAGACAGCACACCCCAAGCAGUCUCCCAUCCAAGUACAGAUGGAUCCAGACCUGUUAGCUUCAACAAGCCAUACCCUCCGGGCAACCCUCCACCACCACCAGCUAUGUCCUCAACACAGAUGACCCCAGGCAUUGCUAUCCUGGAGCCACGGCGCCCGCCACAUGACUACCUUCCCAUUGCUGUCCUCACCACCAUCUGCUGCUUCUGGCCCACAGGCAUCAUUGCGAUAAUAAAGGCUGUGCAGGUGCGGACUGCGAUCGCUCGCGGCGACAUUGUCUCGGCAGAAAUCGCUUCCCGGGAGGCCCGCAACUUCUCCUUCAUCAGCUUGGCCGUGGGCAUCGCCGCCAUGGUUCUGUGCACUAUCCUCACCGUGGUGAUCAUCAUCGCUGCCCAGCAUCACGACAACGACUGGGACCCCUAGCGACCAACCCCAGCCUUCUGCCUACUCCUGUCCCCGGACAACUGGAGGCAGCCACCCUCAAAACCCCUGGCAACCAUCACUCCCAAAGAUGGGUCCCUGGGAACUGUACUCCCCUGCGGGCGUUCCCCGCCGUCUUCUCCCCUGCCAGCAACACGUGAAAUGCUUGGCAACAGCGUUCCCUCCCACAGUCCCCGGCUCUUGUUGGCCUCGUUCUUGGCACCUACUCAGCAGAUGACUUCCAGAGGAUGAUAACUCAAGACAGAAUGCUGAUAAACCCUGGGCUCCUUGAAACAUCUUUUCUCUCCUGCCAGUUCUUUCCCAGAAACCCUUCGUUGUCGGUCCUUCCUUUCCAAGGAGUAGGCUCCACAUUCUGCAUCCAUGGCAACAACCAUCUUCUUCCUGCUGCCUUUGCAUGCAUGAUGCUGCCUGCAACACACCUCCAGUGUCUUGGUUAAAAUGUCCUACCCCCUUUCCUUCAGUAGCCUCUAAGAUACCUCCCCCUAGCACUUUACAAAUGCUAUGGUUCCUCUUCAACUUUUUCUCUCCUCCUGAGUUAGAAACCACCACCACCCUUCAGUGUGGGUGGAGCUACUCAGUAUUUAAGGGGAAGAGAUGACAGAAGUCUCUCUUCCUCCCCUUAUUUUAUUUUUCACACCCAAAUCCCCACUCCUUUGGCACUAUAUAUUAUUGCCUUGCUCUCUUUUCGUUUUCUUCCAUUUGAGGUGUGGAAAAGGCACAAUUGCUUAUCAAACCUGUUGAUUCCUAACCCUUCCUUGAAUAUUUGAGCACCGUUGAAAUAACUAUGUGAAAGAAGGCCUAUACUUCCCCUUACCUGUUCUGAGAUGCUCCGUUUUCUAUUAACUUUUACCAGGUUUCAUUAGGAUCUCUUUGAGAAAGAGCACUCUAUUCUCUUAUUGUUUAUGGCACUUCCCUCUCCGUACCCUUCAUACCAUUUCACACUGUUCUUCCUUUAUAAACAUUUUCCCCUCGUCUUCCUGCAGUGGGGGAAGGCGAAACUUUAUUCAAAGCCUUGUCUUUAUUGUAAUUCCUUCCUACAAUCUUCAAAAUGCUUGAAGUAGUUGCCAAUAUACCUGUAUCGCAUCUCAAUUGCAAAGUAGGGUAGGUUUGGGCAGCCAAGCGCCUUCGUCUCUCCCGACGCUUGGAUUGCUUCGCACAGAACUACAAGUACACUCCAGAUAUAUCACUUGAAGGAAAAUGGAUUGGGGGGGGG